GGAUUAAGAGCUAAAUACAUACACCAACACAUACCACCACCAUGUCCGCGCCCAUACACACGGCUCGCCCUCUGGCGGGCUUCAAACAGGCGCUGCGACAAUGUCGAGCCGAACGUCAACAAUGCAGCAGCAGCAGGAGAACAUACGCGAUGGCUUCCAUCUCCGAAGACAUUCCCCAGCAGCGGCAACGUGAGGUGUAUCCCUCGCUCAUGCCCAAAUCCGCCUUUCCUCCUCCCUCCAAGGGCUUCAGACCCUCCGUCGCGACCAAACAGAACCGGUUCGACGAAAGUGCCCGCAGAAUCCCAACCAUUCCACCACCACGAUCGACCCUCAAGCUCUGUAAAGACCCCAUCGCCAAACUCUGCGCAGACCAGCUUGCCGUCCUCGAUCCCACAGGCGCUCGAACGCGUCUAUUCUCUCCCACGAAUCCCGACCACGCCAACCCAGGCGACAUUCUUCUAGUCCGCCUCAAGAACGGCGAUGACUUUGCCGGAGUCUGCCUCAACAUUCGACAACGAAAUAGUCCCAUAGACACCGCUAUCCUCUUACGAGGUCAAUUGACAAGAGUGGGUGUGGAAAUGUGGUUUAAAGUCUAUUCGCCCAAUGUGGAAGGGAUAGAGCUUGUGCAGAGGAAGCAGAGGAGAGCGAGGAGAGCGAAGCUGUACUACAUGCGACAUCCGAAACACGAUAUGGGCAGUGUGGAGGGUAUCGUUCGAAAUUAUCAAAAGACGAAGUUGGGAGGGAACUUGGUGAUUAGAGGUUCCAAGGGGAAAGAUGCGAAGAGUAAGAACAAGAAGAACAAGAAGAGUGGGAAGAAGUAGUGCAAAAAAGUGUAGAGACUGGGGAACAUGGAUACCUACUGAAGAUGCAUGCAUAGCGAUGGCGUUGGAAGGCAUGGGGAGGGAGGACCUUCUGUAAAACUUAGUAAGCCAUUGCAGUGAGGAUAACGAUCCUCCCACAAUACCUCCUCUGGUAGUGUCUCGAAUGACGGGUACCUAGCUUUUUAAGGAAUUCCGUCCAUCAUAUCAGGCAUGCUCAAGAAGAAAAGAGCAUUCACUCGCUACCUGAGUACCCAAGUCCUCCCGGAGCAGCGAGCGCCUUUUUACUCCCAGAACCAA